AUGGCUUCAGCCCCAAAGCAUUAUUAUUACUAUGUUUAUGUCUUCGUCUGGACUAUUGUAAGCCUUUCUAUUGUUACAUGGAUGCUUUAUCCGAUAUACACGCGACUUCUAGCUCACUACUUGUCGCUUCGCGCUAAGCUAUUGAACUCGGACCGACCUGGCCGAGGGAACCCGCGCAAUGAGAAGGUCUUCAUGGCUGCAACCCUGUAUGACCCCAGUGGAGAGCUCUUUAUCAACCUACUUGGAGAGGACAAUGCCUUCCUCAGUCUAUACGAAAAUGACAGCGAUGGCAAAGUCGCAUUGCAAGCUCUAGAGAAACGCGUUGCAUGCACCAAGUCAAUUUUAUACGGGGGCCAUGUAAUCUGCAUAACCCCCCCCCCAAAGUUACCAUUCCGGGUGCCGAGGCUCGCAACCGGGCUCUUGAACCCGUUAGAGAAAACUACGAUUCAUUACGAUAAGAAUCUGUAUCUAAACGACGUCGCCUUUAAUCCCAUCGACGCAUUAGAGCUGCUGUUCUCUACCAACGUCGACGAUACAGUGAUAGCGCAAUACCGCGCCGCUUGUGCCGUUGAUUUCAUCAACCCCUUCAAAUUCUACGAUACCUAUGCUUCCCGGGAUUCAGAGGGGUGCAGCAUGGGCCUCCCUUUCCUCCCCUGGUUCUCGGGCUCUGACAGCGGACAAAGCGGUAAGGACGUUCUCAACGGAAGGGAUACCGUGCUGGUCCGGAGUUGCUGGGGAGGUAUGGUAGCCUUCGAGGCGCAGUCUUUCCGAGGUGGUACCGGGCAAAAGACUGAGAUAGCGGGGACACGACUCCCAGCACGGUUCCGUGCUUUACAAGAUAUUAAUCUCCCUACACUGUCUUGGCUUUGGACGACUCGUCGCUUUGAGAGGCUAUCCUCGAUUAUCCAUAAUAUCGGUAACCAUCUUAUUGGUCUGCCUUGGUAUAACCCUCAUCGAGAGGAGGUUCCAGGACAGAAUGUCGAAGACACUGUGUUCGUUACCUAUGACAAGGGAAGUGGCUCCUUUCAGACUGUUGAGCGAAUUGCCAGAUAUGAUGGCUUCUGUGGGCGACAAGGGUUGCAGGUUAUUACUCCCUGUCGUGAAGAAGGCCAGAAAGGUUGGCAGACUAUACCAAUGCCGACGCUGGCCUUAGCUUGA